AUGAGUGCACAAGGUGAGGGACCCGGUCAGCCUUCCACUGCUGCCCAGGAGCAACCUGCAACCGCAGAGCCUCAGAAGAGAGGACGAGGCAGACCCAGGAAGCAACCACAAGAACCAACUGGUGAACCAUCUCCUAAAAGACCAAGAGGAAGACCCAAAGGAAGCAAAAACAAGAGUCCCUCUAAAGCAGCUCAGAAGAAAGCAGAAGCCACUGGUGAAAAGCGACCCAGAGGCCGGCCCAGAAAAUGGUUUAAAUUAGGUUCCUGGGUUCCUCCUCUGUGCAUGAUGAAAUGGAGAGUGAUGUUAUAUUUUGCUCCAGAAAGAAAUGUGGUUAAAUUAUUAUAA